AGACACGAUGGCCACGCCCCUCCGUCAGGCCACACCCACUCUACCCCACCCCGUCCGUCACCAUUGGCAACUUUGGGGGGGUCAGAGGUCAAGCCGGAAGACGGGGGAAGGUAGAGUCGGAGGAGUCACGUGACGGAGCCAAUAUGGCGGCGCCGUGUCCCUGGCGCUAUUGCUGCUGCUGAGGGAAUCGCGCCUCUUGCAGAUCAUGGGGCCCCAACGCGGCCGGAGCCUCUGAGCCCCGUUCUCCAACCCCCGCGGGGGCCUUCGGCCAUGCAGCCCCCGGCCCGGGAACAGGACACCCGCACCAAGAGCAUGUUCGUCUCCCGGGCCCUGGAGAAGAUCCUAGCGGAGAAGGAGGCGAAGCGGACCCCGCACGGCCAGCUGCGGAGAGCCUGCCAGGUGGCGCUGGAUGAAAUAAAAGCAGAUCUAGAAAAGCAAAGGCAAGGCACUGUCUCUCCACCAAAAGCAAACUUCAUCGAAGCCGAUAAGUAUUUCCUUCCGUUUGAGCUGGCCUGCCAAUCCAAGUCCCCACGCAUCGUCAGUACCUCACUAGACUGCUUGCAGAAACUCAUUGCAUAUGGACAUAUCACUGGCAACGCUCCGGAUAGCGGAGCUCCUGGAAAGCGCCUGAUUGACCGGAUAGUUGAGACCGUUUGCAAUUGCUUUCAGGGUCCUCAAACAGAUGAGGGAGUGCAGUUACAAAUAAUUAAGGCUCUUCUUACUGCUGUGACAUCUCCAUAUAUAGAAAUUCACGAAGGAACCAUCCUUCAGACUGUUAGAACCUGUUACAACAUCUAUCUAGCCAGUAAAAAUCUCAUUAAUCAGACUACUGCCAAGGCUACCCUCACUCAGAUGCUGAAUGUUAUUUUCACCCGGAUGGAGAAUCAAGCUAUACAAGAGACCAGAGAAUUAGAAAAACCAAAUCAACAAAAACCCCAGUCUCCCAUGAUUCAAGAUGUGGUAGGAUCUCCGAAGAUUAAUCUACUGCGACACAGCCCACAGGAAGGGAAACCCUCAACCCCUGAAAAAACAGAUUUAACAAAUGGCGAGCCUGAGAGAACCGAAAAUGCAGACCAGAAACCAGAAAGAGAUCUGACUCCUUCAGUCUCCGAGGAAACCACUGAUGGAGGCAAGGAAAUGGUUACAGCCAUCCUGGAGGAUGUGGUCGUAUCGGCUGUUAAAGUGGCUGAAGAAAAGCAUGUUUUAGCUGAAAUAGCUAGGCCCGCAUCUGAAUUAGAAGCAGUGGAUCUUGCCCCUGAUGGUGGUAUUAAUGAAAAUGUACAAACGAAUGGAAUUCCAGAUGACAGACAGUCUAUCUCCUCCACGGAUAAUCUGGAAAUGGAUGUACCUGGAUCCCAGUCAGCUGCCAAAUUCUCCCAUAUCCUGCAGAAGGAUGCUUUCCUUGUGUUCCGGUCACUGUGCAAGCUUUCAAUGAAACCGCUUGGUGAUGGACCACCAGAUCCCAAAUCCCAUGAGUUGCGUUCUAAGAUAGUGUCCCUCCAGCUGCUUCUCUCAGUAUUGCAGAAUGCUGGUGGAGUAUUCAGGACACAUGAAAUGUUCAUCAAUGCAAUCAAGCAAUAUCUCUGUGUAGCAUUAUCUAAAAACGGGGUCUCUUCUGUUCCUGAUGUCUUUGAGCUGUCUCUCGCCAUCUUUCUCACACUGCUUUCAAACUUUAAGACCCAUUUAAAAAUGCAGAUUGAGGUGUUUUUCAAAGAGAUCUUCCUGAAUAUUUUGGAGACCUCCUCAAGUUCUUUUGAGCACAAAUGGAUGGUGAUUCAGACCUUGACUAGAAUUUGUGCAGAUGCUCAGUGUGUGGUGGAUAUUUAUGUUAACUACGACUGUGAUUUAAACGCUGCUAAUAUUUUUGAACGCCUUGUAAAUGACUUGUCUAAAAUCGCUCAGGGACGGAGUGGACAUGAGUUGGGAAUGACACCUCUGCAGGAACUCAGCCUGCGGAAAAAAGGUCUUGAAUGUUUGGUUUCUAUUUUAAAGUGCAUGGUCGAAUGGAGCAAAGACCUGUAUGUGAACCCUAACCAUCAGGCCAGUCUUGGUCCAGAUAGGCCUUCAGAUCAGGAAAUGGGUGAAGGUAAAUGUUUGGAGACUGGAAGAAGACGGAGUAGUGUGAGUUCCUUGGAUUCGACUGUGUCCUCAGGGAUUGGAAGCAUUGGCAUCCAGACUGCUGUCCCUGAUGAUCCUGAGCAAUUUGAGGUCAUCAAGCAACAAAAAGAGAUAAUUGAACAUGGCAUAGAAUUAUUUAACAAAAAGUCAAAAAGAGGAAUACAGUAUCUUCAAGAACAGGGCAUGCUUGGCACCACAACAGAAGACAUUGCACAGUUUCUGCACCAAGAAGAACGUCUGUGUUUUACCCAAGUUGGAGAAUUUCUAGGGGAGAGCAGCAGGUUUAACAAGGAGGUGAUGUAUGCCUACGUAGACCAGCUUGAUUUCUGUGGGAAAGACUUUGUCUCUGCUCUACGGAUAUUUCUGGAAGGCUUCCGGUUGCCAGGCGAAGCCCAGAAGAUUGAUAGAUUAAUGGAGAAGUUUGCCGCUAGAUACAUUGAAUGCAACCAAGGGCAAACCCUAUUUGCUAGUGCUGACACUGCAUAUGUUUUAGCAUACUCUAUUAUAAUGCUGACUACAGACUUGCACAGUCCCCAGGUAAAGAAUAAAAUGACAAAAGAGCAAUAUAUUAAAAUGAAUCGAGGUAUCAAUGACAGUAAAGACCUGCCGGAAGAGUAUCUGUCCACUAUCUAUGAAGAAAUAGAAGGGAAAAAAAUUGCAAUGAAAGAGACAAAAGAAUAUGCAAUUACAACUAAAUCUACUAAGCCAAGUGUAGCCAAUGAGAAGCAGCGGCGGUUAUUGUACAACCUGGAGAUGGAGCAAAUGGCUAAAACAGCUAAAGCCCUCAUGGAGGCAGUAAGCCAUGCAAAGGCUCCCUUUACUAGUGCCACUCACCUGGAUCACGUCAGACCCAUGUUCAAACUUGUAUGGACUCCGUUAUUGGCAGCUUACAGCGUUGGCCUUCAGAACUGCGAUGACACUGAUGUUGCAUCUCUAUGUUUGGAAGGAAUUCGAUGUGCAAUCCGAAUAGCCUGCAUUUUUGGAAUGCAGCUUGAACGAGAUGCCUAUGUGCAGGCCCUUGCUCGCUUCUCACUGUUGACUGCCAGCUCUAGCAUCACAGAAAUGAAACAGAAAAACAUAGACACCAUUAAGACACUUAUUACCGUGGCCCAUACAGAUGGCAACUAUCUUGGGAAUUCCUGGCAUGAGAUCUUGAAAUGCAUCAGCCAGCUGGAACUAGCACAGCUUAUAGGGACUGGGGUUAAAACUCGAUACUUAUCUGGCUCUGGGCGUGAAAGGGAAGGCAGCAUUAAAAGCUAUACAUCUGGAGGAGAAGAAUUCAUGGGCCUGGGACUAGGUAACCUAGUUGGGGGUGGAGUUGAUAAAAGGCAUAUGGCCAGCAUUCAGGAGUCUGUGGGUGAGACCAGCUCGCAAAGUGUGGUGGUGGCAGUGGACAGAAUAUUUACAGGAUCGACACGGUUGGACGGAAAUGCAAUAGUUGAUUUUGUCCGAUGGCUGUGUGCUGUUUCCAUGGACGAGCUGGCUUCCCCCCACCAUCCUCGCAUGUUCAGCCUGCAGAAGAUAGUAGAGAUCUCGUAUUACAAUAUGAAUCGAAUUAGACUGCAGUGGUCAAGGAUAUGGCAUGUGAUUGGAGAUCAUUUCAAUAAGGUUGGAUGUAACCCUAAUGAAGAUGUGGCCAUCUUUGCAGUUGAUUCAUUAAGGCAGCUAUCAAUGAAAUUUCUCGAGAAGGGCGAAUUAGCCAACUUCCGUUUCCAGAAAGACUUUUUGAGGCCAUUUGAGCACAUAAUGAAGAAAAACAGAUCUCCUACCAUACGUGACAUGGUAAUACGCUGUAUUGCUCAGAUGGUGAACUCACAGGCUGGUAACAUUCGCUCAGGCUGGAAGAAUAUCUUUGCAGUAUUUCACCAAGCUGCUUCAGACCAUGAUGGGAAUAUUGUAGAGUUGGCUUUCCAAACAACAGGACAUAUAGUUACCAAUAUUUUUCAGCAGCAUUUUCCAGCAGCAAUAGAUUCAUUCCAGGAUGCUGUAAAAUGUUUAUCUGAAUUUGCCUGUAAUGCAGCAUUUCCGGACACCAGUAUGGAAGCAAUCCGACUUAUCCGUUAUUGUGCUAAAUAUGUUUCAGAAAGACCACAGGUAUUGCGAGAAUAUACAAGUGAUGACAUGAAUGUUGCUACUGGAGACAGGGUCUGGGUCAGAGGAUGGUUCCCUAUUUUAUUUGAACUUUCCUGCAUCAUUAAUCGAUGCAAAUUAGAUGUUCGGACAAGAGGCCUAACAGUGAUGUUUGAAAUAAUGAAGAGCUAUGGCCAUACCUUCGAAAAACACUGGUGGCAAGAUCUGUUUAGGAUUGUGUUUCGGAUAUUUGACAAUAUGAAGCUUCCUGAACAACAAACUGAGAAAUCUGAAUGGAUGACAACUACAUGUAACCAUGCACUUUAUGCAAUCUGUGAUGUAUUCACGCAGUUUUACGAAGCUUUAAAUGAGAUCCUUCUUCCUGACAUAUUUGCACAGUUACACUGGUGUGUAAAACAAGAUAAUGAACAGCUGGCUCGAUCAGGUACAAACUGUCUAGAAAACCUGGUGAUACUAAAUGGACAGAAAUUCAGUCCUGAAGUCUGGGACCAAACAUGCAAUUGUAUGCUAGAAAUCUUCAAAACCACCAUUCCUCAUGCCUUGCUGACAUGGAAGCCAGCAGGAAUGGAGGAUGAUUCAUCUGAAAAGCAUUUGGAUGUGGACCUGGAUCGCCAGUCUCUAAGCAGUAUUGAUAAAAAUGCUUCGGAAAGGGGACAGAGUCAGUUUUCAAAUCCCACAGAUGACAGCUGGAAAGGCGGUCCUUAUGCAAACCAGAAACUGUUCGCUGGCCUCCUUAUUAAAUGUGUGGUGCAGCUGGAAUUGAUACAGACCAUUGACAACAUAGUAUUCUACCCAGCAACUAGCAAGAAGGAGGAUGCUGAGCACAUGGCUGCAGCCCAGAGGGACACACUGGAUGCAGAUAUCCACAUUGACACAGAAGAGCAAGGAAUGUAUAAGUACAUAACUUCACAACAUCUUUUUAAGUUAUUGGAUUGUUUGCAAGAAUCUCAUUCAUUUUCAAAAGCCUUUAACUCAAAUUAUGAGCAGCGAACUGUCCUGUGGAGAGCCGGGUUCAAGGGUAAGUCAAAACCCAAUCUUUUAAAACAAGAGACCAGCAGCUUGGCCUGUUGCUUGAGAAUCCUCUUCCGAAUGUACGUUGAUGAAAGCCGCAGAGAUUCUUGGGAUGCUAUACAACAACGACUCCUAAAUGUGUGCAGUGAAGCACUGGCCUAUUUUAUAACAGUAAAUUCAGAAAGCCAUAGAGAGGCCUGGACCAAUCUCCUAUUGUUGCUUUUAACAAAAACACUUAAAAUCAGUGAUGAAAAGUUUAAAGCACAUGCUUCAACUUAUUACCCGUACCUCUGUGAAAUCAUGCAGUUUGACCUGAUUCCUGAGCUCCGAGCUGUGCUACGGAAGUUCUUCCUGCGUAUAGGUGUAGUGUUCAAAAUCUGGAUACCACAGGAGCAGUUACGGACAACUGGGACCCAUUCACCUUCAUGGUAGCCCCAAGUAAGACUGGCCAUUGCUGCUUAUUCACAAAGCUUUAGUCAUGCUACAUUCAAGGAAUGGAUUCAAGAGGAGGAACAAAGGUCAUUGGUAUCUGUCUCUAAGCCAAGAGAGCAGCAGAUCAUCUGGAUCAAGAUGCCAUUUUUGGAAAAACAAAUUUUUGUUCUGCCCACCCUACAAAAAUAUAGCUAUAUCAGCAGUUCAGUGAUUUUUAUUUAAGUUGUUGCCUACAGAAUUAACAUAAUAGAUGUAAAGUCUGUUUCAGUGCUAGUCAUUCUUAUGAUUAAUUCUGUUUCUGCAAAUCAGUUACUUCAAUUGUUUGGUCUUGUACCUUCUAGCUUAUUCCCAUAAAUCUUCUGGAAAUUAUUCCUCAAUGGAAAUUAUUCCUCUUGGAAAUACUGAAUACGGUUGUAUAGGCUUGUGAUGUUAGCACAUAUGUUAAUAAUAAAAUAUAUUGCAAUGGCUAGUGGCCACCAAAAGAUCAUGCUGGAUUUGUUUCUUUGUGUACACAUGACUAGAACAGUUAGUGUGGUUUUUUAGUUUAUUGUGGAGUGGCUGUAGAUAUACCAGUUGGGGGGAAAGGCUUUCCUCCUGCAGGUUAUGUAGUGGGCCAUUUUAAAACACUUUAGUAGCAGUGUUUAACCUUCCAAGAUCAGCUUUCAUGGAAGGUUUAGAUGUGUCAGGAGUACAUACUCUCAAAUGAACUCAGAAAAAUCUCAAGUUAUUAGGAGUUGGAAAGCUUUUUAAAUUCUUCGUUGCCUUUUAUAUUUUGCCUGAUUAUCUAGAUGAGAUGGUAAAAUUAAAGAAUAGGGUUAUUUAUUUGAUUUUUCUUUAACAUGUGCACUGAAGAGAUGAAGUAAAAAUAACAUUGGUUUGUCAACCUCUUUCCUUUUGAAUAUAUAUAUUGUAGCAAAGAUGUCUGUUUAGCCAGAAGUAAUCUCUUUAAUACAUAUCAGGACAUGUGUUUUUACUGCCAGUUUGACAGUGUUGGUUAUUUUAUUGCCUCAACUUUCAAGUUAUGUCAGUAUGGCGUGGGGAAAUAAAGUCUAGUUCCCACCAGGACUGCUUUAGUUAAUUUUUUUUAACUUAAGCACACACUAUAACACACUUUCUAAUACAUUCCUAUUUAUUGGAGGCAACCAAGAAGCAAACUUGUGAUUUAACAUUGCAAUUUUAUUAGCCCUAGUGACUUCCUUUUUUUUAUUUUUGGAAAGACCAGACUCUAGUGUUCUUGUUACAAUGAUUCCUCUGAUGCACUUUCAGUUUUAACUGAAGUUCAACAGAAUUGAACCUGUCCAUAGGAUUAUCUGUAUUUGCAAGUGACUUAAAACCGUAGCUCUAAGGACAGUAUAGGAUCCACGUGGAGGGGUAGGAGGAAAGUCGCCACCUUCUUGAAUGUAUUAAGGAUGGAAAAAGUGUUACCAAGCACUGUUUGUUCUACCCAUAUUUGCAUACAAGAACUAUAUAAGUGUUAAUUGAAUGAAAUAAAACAUUUGUGGCUUUAGUACUUAUCUUUUUGCUUUGUAAAGAGAUUUUUUUUUUCCUGCUAAUGCAAUCAAAGUUUAAUAUAGCAUUGGAAAAUCCAAGCUUUGGAUUUGAUGGGGAUUCAUUUUUUGUGGGUUUCUUCAGAGUCAGAAUGGUGCUCUUACUUUAUAUGAAUGUAGUUUGUUUUGGCCAGUAGUGCUCUAAGGUUUUCACUUACCUUAUUUUGUCUUUUUAAUUUUAAUACCAAAGAAAAGUAACUGGGAUUUUACUUUAAGUAUACAUUAGAAAUAUAUAAAUUCUUUCAGUAGAAAAGAAUAUAUGGCUAUAUUUUACCAUGAAUAAAAACUGAAAAAUAAGUAAGUGCACAUAACUAACUUGCUACAUUUGAAGUCAGUAUAUGUCCUUUAUGUGGCAUUGUAAAGUGUAGCAGUCACUUAUUCCCUUCUACUGUAUUGUUUCAUCAAAUACGGUAAGAAAAUAAAUAAAUAGGACUGUUUAUUUAGAUUUUUAUUUCUCAUGUUUGAUGUCACUCACUGUUAAUGUACAGUAUAUGAUUUUAGUCCUGUCUCCUGUUAAAACAUUACCUUUCAGAUUGCAUGCUUUCUAUCCCUAUUAGGCAGCAUGAAAGCAAUAUAACUAAUGUCUUAAAAUCUGAAUGAUGAGAAUUGGGUUUUUUAUUUUUUUCUCCAAAUUCUUUCACAAAAAUGGCAUUAUGGGUUUUCUUUCAAUAUAAAAUAGUUUUGAAGUGGUUUUAAUAAACAUGUCUUUGUACGUAUAUGGAUACUCAAGAUAAUAAAAUUAAGAGCCUUUAUCAAUGUUGGAGCACCUUUAACACAGCCUUAGGAUUGAGUGACUAUUUCCUUAGAUUGAUUCUUUAUGAAAGAAUUUUAUUGGUCUAUAUACCAUUUAUAAACUGCUAAAAAUUGAUAUUUGAUCAUACAUGACAGCUGAAACAUUCUAGCUUUACCAUGUAGUGUAUGUGGUGAGGAAAGACUAUAACAGACUUAUUCCUGUCUCAGAGGUUUCUAAAAGUUGAUUGUAUAGAGAAUGGUGCAUUAGUAAAUGUAAUGUCUGAAGCCCUUAAUUUUACACCAGCUAUUUGCUUCUCUGUACCUUUUGGAAAGGCCAUAACCCAUGGACAUCAUAAUAACAAAGCUAAGAGUGCUCAGUCAAAACUCCAAGAGUAAUCACCUUCUGGCUCUGAUCCUGAACCAGGGUCUGCUGGCACAAACUCCCACUGUCUAUGUGGAGUCUCACUGACUCCAGUGGGACUAUGCAUGAGAACAGGGGUCCAUGUUAGCAUAUUCUGAUAAGGAUCUAGGCCUCCGUGUGCAGUACACAGAUACUGUAUUUUAAAUGUUAUGCCCCAAAUGACAGGUAGACUUAUAAUUUAAUGGUAUUAAUGUGGAGUAUCUGCAUGUUUAUGAUUUUACAGUUUUUUUUACUGGAACCCUUUGAAGGUGGUGGACAGUGGGAGAGUUGUUAAUUUGCUGAUUAGGAUAAACCUUCAAAUUACCCUCAUCUUGGUGCUUCUAUUGCUUGUUAUGGUGCAAGUAAAAUAUUAUAUUGAACCUUGUUUUUUUUUUCUCCCUAUGUGAUUUCACUUAUUUCUGUAGCUUCUAAAAUGCAGACACAACAAGAUUCUAGUACAACUCUUCUAGCUUAAAAAAUCUAACAUUGUAGUGAUGUAUUGAUGAAUGUUUUAAAAGAAUAUUCCAUCCUUGGCCUGCAGUCAAUUUACAAGCUUUCUAAGGUACAACUCACUUAAAAUGUCUUUAAAUUUUGUUCAAUCACUUCUGCCACUUCAAACAAAAUGUACUUUCUGUGCACAAUGUAUGUUUUAUGUAUGUAAAAUGCCUGUUAGUUACUAGUUACUUUUUCUUAAAGAUUUCCAUAUUAAGUGCAUUUAAUAUCAGUAAUUUAAUGAAAAGCGUUCCUUGCCCAAUGGAUGUAUACAUUUUUGAGAGAAUAGCAGAAAUAAUUAUAUAAUAAAAACUAUGUAAAGUUUUCUACAUACAAAUAUUGUGUAUAAUACUAUUAUAAUCCAUGCUUUAAUCAGGUGGUAAACCAAUAAAGUUUUAAAAAGUGAA